AUCCUGGUGGCGUCCUUCGGGGAGCUGCAUAAUCUCCUUCUGGUAGCCCGUACGCUUCCAUAGGUCCUUGCCUGCACACCAUCGUCAUCGUCAUCACUGCCCACACCAGAGUGUGACACGCCCUUGACUGAACUCCACAACCUUGUUCUGUUCUUCGUUCGCUGAAGCAAUCUGAUUAUUCUGCCCACCAGAAGAAAGAGCAGAGUUGCUGUAUACUAGCUGGAUCAUUUGGGGAUCAAUCUUCUCGCACCAUUCCCACUGGAUUUCGUUUCCAGAUUUCUGUUCCAAGAAUGGCUCUAGGAUCCUUGCACUUGAUUUUGCUGAUUUUGAUUGGUUUAGCUGACACCUGGGUGCAGUUUCGCUGUUUCUGAUCACUUGUUUGGUCUUGUUUCCCCUUUCCCUGAGUGACUUGAGUCCCUAUUCUUCUGUCACCAUUCUCCAAUUUCCAAACCAUCUCAAAUCGCUCAACUGAACAACACCAAGCUGCUUAGCUCUUUCUCCUGUUCUUGUCCACUUCACUUAUCUAGGAUUGAUUCAAUCAGUCAUCUUGCUACUUUGCACGGAUUGGGUUCGGUUAGGCUGGGAUUGGACUAGGGGAUUGGGUUCUUGACUGGAAUGCUGAAGAAGACGACGUCAGGAGUUGCUGCAGCGGCAAUGGGGUGUGGUGACCCCGUAUCGCCCUCACCUCCCACCACCAAGGUCGCCGAUGGCGGCAGGGCGGCCUCUCUGCUUCUCUCCACAAGGUCGCUCCCGGGCCUCUUCUCCCCGGACGCCCCCAUGAACCCCACCUCCAUGCGCGAGCAAUCCAAGAACCUGACUUGCUCUGCCGCGAGGAACGGCGGCACCGGCAGGUCCGGUUCCUCCCACUGCGGCUGCAUCGGCAGCCCGGCCGCCGGGCUCGCCGGUGUGCUCGUCGCCGGCGAGGCCGACGACUGGGGCUACCGCAACAGCGGGAGGGUGCUCCUCGGGAUGCGGCUCAGGGUGCAGCUGCCGCCGCCGCCCGGUAAGGGGCCCGGCGGCGGCGGCGACCUCCCGGGCUCGCCGAUCGAGUUCGGCGUCAAGAACAGGGAUGCCCAGCUCGCGCUGCUCUCGCCGGUGCAGCGCUCGCCGCUGUCGUCGGCAGCGGCGAGGCUGGCGCGGAGGAGCGAGGUGGAGGAGCUGGCCGAGGAGGAUUACACCUGCGUCAUCGCCCGAGGGGCCAAUCCCAGGAUGACCCACAUAUUCGAGGACCGCGUCGUCGAGAGCCGCGCCGGCGCCGGAGAUGGCGGUGGUGGUGGGUGCAGUAAGGAUCCUCUCUUGCUGCAUAGAUCUGAGAGAGAAUUCUGCAUCAGCCAAUACCACUAUGAAGAGGUGGUCCUCAGCAAAAGCGUCGGCAAUUCACCUGAUGCAUCGAUGAAAAUGAAGCCCUGAAUUUUAGCAGAGCCUGUAUGCUGAUUGUUGAGUGGCAAAUUAUUACUCUCAUCGUGAGAAAUUUUGAUCCAAAAGGACGUACGAUCUGUUCCUGUGCAGACCAAUAUUAUUCAUUUCUGUUUGCAGUUUUUUUUUUAGAAUCAUAACUUGUGAUCAUGAUGUUGAGCAGUCUCUGCUUGGUACUCGAAUGCAGUUAUAGAUGCAGUCAGAUGCUGCAGUGUCUUGCAAAAAAAAAGAUGUUGCCGUUAGAAAUGGGCCGCAAUCUGGAAUGGGCCGAGCAGAAGAUGAAAACAAAUAAUGGAGAAGCAUCAGAAAAAGAAGCCCACGAUAGCAGCAGAGAGAGAAUAAGUCAAAAGAAAAACACCAGUCAUAAAGCAGUCUAUUCAUAUACGAUUGAAAAUAACAUAUAAUACCUGACGGUUAUUAUAUAGAAA